UGGCCUACUAGUGGUCAGAUAAGGUAGAUUAAACCGCUAUGUGGUAUUUAUUGUCACUUAUGGCGGGAAAAGAUUGAAAUGAUAACUACAGUGGAUGAAAUAGAUUCCUCACUGUGGUUUGAGAAACCCACUAAGCCUACAGUAGGCUCACCUUAGGAUGACCUUAAGAUGGCGCAGUACAGCAUCUAUAAGGUCAACUGAAAAAGAUUCAAGUGUAAUGUACUUGAUCACAAUGAGAGUCUCAUUCAGGAUCCUAUUGAGGGUGCUAUUCCAGAAUAUGAAACAUUUCAUGAUCAGUAAAACACCUGUCUAAAUGGACAAGUGCUAUAUAGAUCAACUCACGACACAAUGUGUCCAGAAGGAGGAAUGGUUGAUAAGUCAAAUAAGUGAUUCUAUCAAUCUUCCCAAACUAAGAAUCCUCAAACAGAACAAAACCUCUAAGAAAGGUUCAAGAAUAAGAUCAAACAUGAUCACGAUGUUUUCUAUAUGCAACAAUCAGACUGUUUCUCAGACCCCCCUGAGACCUGCCUCUAUUGCAAGAAGACAGGGCAUACAAUAGAAAGCAUCCAGAAUUCCUGCAAUAGAUGCUACAGAAUGCAAUUCCGUACAAACCUAAGGCUCCUAGAGGGCUGAAAACAGUUACAGUGGUUAACGGAAAGCAAGCAGACACUUAACUUCAGUUUCGUGAUUAGACAAUCGGCAUCCACUAUCACUUCGGUGACAGAGACUAUGUGUUAUUCAAUUUUGAUAAUAAAGAUGUUGGUCUCGCCAUCUGACGAGACAUGUUUUAUUUAUCUUCGCACAAUGGUGCUAGAUACACCAGAAAACAAACUAGCCAACAUCGGCAGGAGUAAGAAAACAACGUGAUGGAGAAACCUCGUCGAAAUUAUGGCACUAUCGUUUAGGCCAUAUUUCGAGGGGGAGAAAAGAAGUCUCGUUAAGGGACAGAUUCUCCAUCACCUAGACUUGACAGAAGGGACAGAUUCUCCAUCACCUAGACUUGACAGACUUAGUGCAAUGCAAAGAUUGCAUGCACAGUACGAGAGUGUUAGAAAUUAUUCAUAUAGAUAUAUGUGGUCCUUUUCCAGUUAGGACAGUAGAUGGGUUUUGACUUGUUCAAAACCUUCACACAUGACUACUCUCGCUACGAUUAUAUUUACCCUUUUUUUUAAGGGACAGAUCAUAAGAAUUAGACAAGUUUAAAUAGUUCAAUGCUGAUGUAGAAAAACAACACGAUUUGAACACAAAGAUUGUCAUAUCAAAUCGUGUGGGGGAGUACCGAGGGCACCAUACUGAGUAUGGACAGGUCCCAGGAUCUUUUCGCGAGGUUCAUAAGUGAAAACAGUAUUGUAGCACAGUAUUCAACACCUGGUGAACCGCAACAGAAUGUGGUUGCCUAAAGGCGUAAGAAGAACACUGAUGGACAUGGUAAUGAGUAUGCUUAGUUACUUUAACUUACCAUUGGGUCUAUGGAUGGAGGCUUUAAAAACCACCAUGCAUAUACUAAAUAGAGUUCCUAGUAAAUCAGUGGCUAAAACUCCAUAUGAGUUGUUGACUGGCAGAUAGCCCACGCUCAACUACUUCAACAUAUGGGGUUGUCUAGCAGAAGCUCGAAUAUUUAAUCCUGGACAGGAAAAGCUAGAUGAGAGAACCACUAACUGUCAUUUUAUUGGCUACCCUGAGAGAUCGAAGGGUUACAGAUUCUACUAUCCAGGCAGACAAACCAAGUUUAUAGAAACUAGACAUGCCAUUUUCCUAGAAGAUGACAUGAUCAAGGGGAGUAAGGUACUCAGAGAGGUUGACCUUCAGGAAAAGAGGACGUAUGUCCCAAUUCCGAUGGUUGAAGAACCAUACUUCUCGAUACCCGCUGUGGUUCCACCAACAGUUGUAACGACUCGAGGUGAAACCCUUGCUGCAAAUAUUGCAUCACCAAGUGCAACUACCAUAGAGUAAGUCAAUUCACCUUUUGAACAGUCUGGCUCUUCUGAGUCGGUUGCACAGGAGAGCUCACAUGAGAGUGGUAGUGUUGUGCCAAGUGACGCACCAAUGCAGGAGCCCCAUAACGAACCAGAACUAGAAACAAGUUUAUGAAGGUCUCAAAGGUCUAGAUGAUCUGCGAUUCCUGAUGAUUAUGAAGUUUACACAAGUGUAGACAUAGAAAGCGAUGAGAUUUAUAUGUGUGAGGACAUUGAAGCAGAAAGUGAUCCCAUUACAUAUGAAACAGCUACGAGAAGCGCAAAUUAGUGGGUCUAGAAGACCAAGCGUGACUCUAACAGAAAUAUAGAAAGAUACAAGGACAUGUGGCCAAGGCGUUCACACAGUGAGAAGGCAUUGACUUCCAUAAAACCUUCUCACUUGUCCUAACAAAAGAUUCAUUUCAGAUCAUUAUGGCAUUAGUGGCUCUUUUUGAUCCAGAGCUCCAUCAGAUGGAUGUAAUGACAACAUCACUAAAUGGAGAGUUAACAGAAAAACGUGUUCAUGACACAACCAAAGGGUUUUGUUGUGAGCAGUAAAAGAAAAACAAGAGAUGUCACUUAAGGAGGUCCAUUUAUGGAUUAAAACAUUCCUCCAGAUAGUGGUACGUCAAGUCUGAUCAGACUAUCAGAAAGUUUAGUUUCGAGGAUAACGAGGAAGACAAUUGCAUUUAUGCGAAAUCUAAGGAAAAAGAAAGUAUAUCUUCCUUGUUCUGUAUGUCGAUGACAUAUGUUUAGCUAGUAGUGAUAAAGAUCUACUGGCGGAAACAGAAAGUUUUUGUUCCUCGAACUUCGAUAUAAAAAGACAUAAGAGAAACCUCUUAUGUUUUAAAAUAGAAUUCCACAGAGAUAAACAUAAUGAAGUAUUAGAACUCUCACAGAAGUCAUACAUAGAAAAGUACUAAAGAAGUACAGUAUGCAUCAGUGUAAGGCCGCGCCUGCGCCAAAAGUCAAGGGUGAUAAGUUUGGGAAUCAUCAGUGUCCCCAGAUUCAGUGUCAGAAAGAUCAGAUAAAGUCAGUACCAUAUGCUUCUACUAUCAGAAGCAUUUUGUAUGCUCAAAUGUAUAUUCACCCUGACUUAGAAUUUACUACCGGGAUGCUUGGGAGAUAUCAGAUCAACCCAAGCAUAGAACACUGUUAAGCAGUUAAGAAGGCUCUAAUGUACCUCCAAGGUACGAAAAUGGCCUCAUGCUAACAAACAGAAGAUCUAGUUCCCUAUUUCGAGGUAUAAAUUUACUAUAUCUGGGGGGAGUUAUUUCUUAUAAAAGUUGCAAACAGACAGCGAGAGCAUCGUCGACAAUGCACACUGAGUUUGUAACCAUGCAUGAGGCAAAUGGGCAGGCAAUAAAGAUAAAGAGAUUUGUACCCGGAUUAAGAGUGGUUGAUAACAUAGAGCGACCACUGAGAAUUUACUGCGAUAAUGAGCCAGCGGUACCAUACUCCUAUAACAGCAAGUCAUGUGGCGCCGCCAAGUUCAUUGACUUUUAGUAUUACAUUGUUAAGGAGUAGAUUCAGGAUCAAACCAUAAAAGAUGAGCAUAACAGAAGAUAGCAGAUGCUAGCGGAUCCGCUCAUAAAAGGUCUUCCACCCAGCGUGUUUAGUAAGCACGCAGCCGGCAUGGGUUUAAGGGAGUACCUAUGACCUUGAAUCAAAGGGGCUACAGAUUGAAACCAAAUAAAGUCUCUUUUUGUUCUGAAGCAGGCGAGCAUGUUGUAGUCAAUGAGUGCGAUGAUACUUAAUCGGUUAUUGUCACGCAUUGGUCUCUAUGUGUAAACUUGUCGAGGGAUGGAAUCCAGAAAAGUUGAGUACAAGGAAUGUAGAGAACAAAGGGGAGAUUGUUGGGUGUGUCCUCUACAGCCGGUCAAUAGAGUCUGGAUUGGGCUUAACCCAACUAUCGUUCCUUUAAUCGGACCCUUGAUCGGGAGGGCUCACGCUAACCUCGGUUGGAGCCCCCAGACACACGACGCUAUAUAUUGGACUAAGGGGUCGCAGGAAAGACUAACGCUAGUACCUUGCCCCAAAACCCUAGUCCCCAGAGGCCCCAUCGCCUAAGUGUCGGAGUGUCUGGAAACGCUACAACCUGUAGCAGCUCGGAUUCGAUGCGUGCUGUUUCUCUGCAGGGCAACAUUAUGAAGACGGCAACUGCAACUCUCCAACAACAACAAAGGUAUGUUUUCCUAUUCCUCUUAGUAGAUCAGAUCUACUCGUCAUCAAGAUUUUACUUUCAGUUACAGAUUGGUUUUCUAAGGACUUAGGAAUCGAUCCUAGACAGUAUAGAUUCUAACAGUAUCAAGUCUACGUACGUCAUGGCUGAGAACUAAUAAAACCAUUCUUUUAUAGAAAAAAGGGAACAACCACUAGUAGCUAGUGGUGGUUGCUUAGAAUAUUCCACGCGUGCUAGCAGAAAACUAAUGGUGUGUUUGGUUUAUGUAGUCAUUCAAUGCAUCAUAAAUUUAUUCCAUCAAUUUUGGUGAAAUCAACCAACUCCCCAUGUAUACACUAAUUAUUAGCUUAUGAGGAAUGAGGUGGUGAUGGAUCAACUCAUUCUAUUCAACAAACCAAAUAAAAAUGGGAGGAGUGAGAAAAAGAUGGAUCACUUCAUUCCUCAAACCAAACACGCCCUAAAACACCCUAAGGGCGCGUUCGUUUUCAGCUGAUCAGCCCAUUCCAGGCCUUAUCCGGGUGGAACCAAUGGGCCUGGUUUAGAAUUUGGUAUAACUCUUUGAAACCGUUCGUUUUGGCCCGAAUUGAAAUCGAAACUGGCCCGAAUUGAAAUUUCCCUUCACUCCACAACCCGGAACCAACCCCUGUGUCGUAGCCUCCGGAUCGAAGCCUGGACGACGCGACCAACGCGGCGGACGCGACCGGCGCGACGGCGGCUUUGACGCGACCGGCACGGCGGCGGCGCACAACCCUGACGACGACCCUCCCCGCUGCCUUCUCCCCGAUCCCUACAACACCAAUUAUAGUUGGGGAAGGUGAACCUCCUCCCUCUUGGGAUCCGGUACCAACUCCAAAAGUUCUACAAUGAGUAUCUCAUUGCGGGAUCGUAUUAGAAAGAGGAGGGAAGAAGAAGAUGAUGACAUGAUGAUAUUUAUUUUCCCCGCCUUAUAUCUAAUGGGUUCUACUAGAGGUGGGGGACAAAAGAAGAAACGUCAUACCUCAAAUGAGACAGGCGAGGUUAAGGUUCGUCGACUCCUCGAGGGACAUGUCAAGAACUGUCAAGUUACAUUUCGGAUGGAACCACAUAUCUUCAGAGAGCUUGCAACUUAUCUUAGAAGGAGAAGGAUCAUUGUUGAUACAAGGAUCACGGUCGAGGAGAAGUUGGGGUUCUUCUUAUACAUGCUAAGUCGCAACGCCUCAUAUCAGGAUCUCCAAGUGUAUUUUGGGCACAGUAAUGACACCUUCCAUCAUCACAUCAACCACUUCUUCAAUAAGGUCAUUCCUGUCCUAUCUCGUCGCUUCAUUCAGCCUCCUGAUCCUAAUCAAGUGCAUCAAAAAAUCCAAGAUAAUCCUAGAUUCUAUCCAUUCUUUAAGAAUUGUCUUGGUGCCAUUGAUGGAACUCACAUUCCUAUUUCCAUAUCUCCCGAUAAACAUUCUCCUUUUCGAAAUCGGAAAGGAACACUAAGCAUAAAUGUGAUGGUGGCAUGUGAUUUCGAUCUCAAUAUCACUUUUGUUUCUAGUGGAUGGGAGGGAUCGGCCACAGAUUCUAGAGUGCUAAGAUCAGCUAUGAGCAAGGGUUUCCAGGUACCUCCAGGAAAAUUCUAUCUAGUUGAUGGAGGGUAUGCAAAUACUCCAUCUUUUCUUGCUCCAUACCGAGGAGCUCGGUACCACUUGAAGGAAUUUGGGGCUAGACAUCGAAGACCACAGAACCCGAAGGAGCUCUUCAACCAUCGCCACGCACUUCUGAGGAACCAUGUGGAAAGGGCUUUGGGGGUGCUUAAAAAGCGCUUCCCCAUUCUCAAAGUUGCCACGUUCCACACACUGGAAAACCAAGUAAAGAUACCUAUAGCUGCUGCCAUCUUCCAUAAUCUAAUUCGAUCACUUCAUGGUGAUGAAGAUUGGUUAGAUCAUCAGCCAGAUAAUAUUGAUCCAUCAAACUUUGUUGCUCUACCAAGUGGUGAUCAAAUGAGUGACCCAGGCACUACACAAGGCAAUGCUUUAAGAGAUACCAUCGCCCAAGAAAUGUGGGCUCAAUACCAACAACAUCUAAAUUAGUAUUUUCGUGGUUGAAUAAGUUGUAAUAAUUUAAAUUAGUAGUAUUGUAAAAUGUAAUACGUUUUUUCUUUAAAAAGCUAUGGUUGGAAAAGGCUCCCCAAGGUUCAACAUAGGUGGUUCCCCAAAGUUGCGUAGGUUCAUUCCUACAACAAGUGCUACUAAAAAGAAGACUUCUCCUAAAUGCAGUGGGGCAAAAAAGAGUGGAAGUUCUCCAAGAGUAGUGAAACAAAGAGCGGAUUGGAAUCCAGGUCUUGAGAGGUCUCUUGUUGACAUUCUCCAUGAAUUUAAAGAAAGUGGAUAUAGAGGUGACAAUGGUUGGAACUCCGAAGGGUGGAAUAGAAUGGUCAAGGAGUUUCAUGUGAGGAACAAGUAUGUCUCCUUUACAAAGUCUCAAAUUCAGGAUAAAGAAGGUCAGCUGAAGAGAGACUACAAGAUGCUCAAAGCAGCAAAGCAACAGAGUGGGUCCACCUGGAAUGAGAAAAGGAAUAUGGUUGAAGGACCACCAGCUUUGUGGGAGAAUCUCAUGGUGACAUUUCCUAAAAUCAAGAAGUUUAACAACAACAAGGCAACCUUCCCGCUCUUUGAUGCUUUGGGAGAGCUUUAUGAUGGACACUUGGCUGAAGGGACUUGGAAUUGCACUUCUCUUGAGGCACCGCAAGAGGAAGAACUGAAUGAGCAACUUCAGGAUGCAGAAGAUGGACCACAAGGAUUUGAUCUGAAUGUUGUUCAUGAUGUAGAUGAUGAAGUUGAUGAUGCACUCGCUGAAAGGAAUGAAGAUAUGCUUCAAGGAAGGACUAAUACUCUGUCACGAGAUGAAGAAAGUGGACAGCGAAGACCUGCUGCGUCAAGAAACAAGCAAGAAAAGGAACCAAAGAAGCCUAGAAAGACUGACAACAUAGAAAAUAUGAUGAACAAAUACCUAGAAAUGAGGAGCAAGCAAGUAGAAGAUGAAGCUGCAAGAGAAAAGGAAGCAAGAGAAAAGGAGACAAGAGAAAAGGAGGCAGCUCAAAGUGAAGAUUUCUCCAUCAAAAGGUGCAUAUCAGUUCUGAACACAAUGGAAGAAGUGACCAAAAUGGAGAAGGCAAAAGCAUAUUCAGUCUUCACCAAGAGCAAAGAGAAUAGAGAGACUUUCAUAUGUGCAUGUGAAGCGGAUCAAGAAUCAGCUUUGAUUUGGCUAAGAAAUGAGAUGGCUUAGUAGGUUUGGGUAAUCAAUCGGUGAUGCUUCCCCUUUGAGAACUUUCGGUAUGAGCCAGGAUAUUAGUGUGGCUUUAAUUAGUGCUUUUUGUCCUGAUCACUGAGAUUUCAGUCCAGUGUUAACUUCCGAUGAUUAUCUGUGCUCUCUAGCUGGUUCAUCCAGUUAUAUUGUAUAAAGAAAUUACUUCAUCUUAUAAUUAGGUUUGCAUAGGAAAGCAAUUAUUCUAUGCUUGCCAUAGAUCAACGAUAAGCAGACUGUGAUUUGGUACGUCAGCUGUUGGAAUGGAUGGCUUCGUUGAUUUUCCA